CAUGGGCAAGUUCAAGAAGGUUUGCGUCUUCUGCGGAAGUAAUUCUGGGUACAGAAAGAUAUUCAGCGAUGCAGCCCUUGAUCUUGGAAAAGAAUUGGUGCAAAGAAAGGUAGACCUAAUCUACGGAGGAGGGAGCAUUGGUCUGAUGGGAUUGGUUUCCCAAACAGUAUAUGAUGGUGGAUGCAAUGUUCUAGGAGUGAUUCCAAAGGCUCUCGUUUCGGUAGAGAUAUCAGGCGAGGCAGUUGGAGAAGUGACCAUAGUUUCUGACAUGCAUGAAAGGAAAGCUGAAAUGGCUCGUAGGGCCGAUGCUUUCAUAGCUCUUCCUGGAGGGUACGGAACAAUGGAGGAGCUGCUUGAGAUAAUAUCAUGGUCGCAGCUUGGAAUUCAUGAUAAACCGGAAUAUGAACCAUUGCAUGACAAAGUUGCACCAAGCCAAAGUUGGGAUGUUAAGGACUGUAAACUUGCAAAGUCGUAGUCAUUUGAAUGCUUUUGCCC